AUGACUGAUGAAUCGGGUGAUAUUUCCAUGAGGACAUGGAUCCGCAAUGUCGGACCUAUCAAUAAGGUUGGUUUCUCUGAUGGUGUUACUGACGGUCAGGCAGCAACAUAUCAGUCUAGUUUUGAUACAGGAUAUGAACAAGGAUUGAACUUUGGAUUCUGCCUAGGAGUUAUUGAUACUAAAACAAAAUUUGUGCAGAAAAAGGAGCAUAAUUUGAGGGACCCAAGGGAAAUCAACUGCCAAAUUUGCAUAAAAAAUUCAUUGGAAGGUCCCAGGAUGUAA